AGUGUGUGACCUACUGUGGAGAGAGAGAGAGAGAGAGAGAGACUACCCAAGGAUGAAGCCGGUGUUUGUGGCUGCUUUAGUGCUCUUUGCGCUCAGCUCUGUGGAUAGAGUGGAUUCUUCAGCCUACGACAAGAUAGUAACACACAGUCGCAUCCGGGCCAGACUCCAGGGACCCAAUGUGUGUGCCCUUCAGCAGGUGAUGGAGACCAAGAAGAAGUACUUCAGUACAUGUAGGAACUGGUACAAGGGAACCAUCUGUGGGAAGAAGACGGUGGUUGUCUAUGAGUGCUGUCCAGGCUACAUGAAGCUGGAAGGCAUGCAAGGAUGUCCUGCAGUGGCUCCUAUAGACCAUGUGUAUGGCACAUUGGGCCAGGUGAAGGCUAGGACAACCCAGGAGUACUCUGACCUCUCUAAGCUGAGGGAGGAGAUCGAAGGGAAGGGAUCGUUCACUAUGUUUGCCCCUAGCAACAAAGCCUGGGACUUGCUGGACCCUGAGGUGCGUGGUGCCUUGGUGAGCAACGUGAACAUCGAGCUGUACAACGCCCUGCACUAUCACAUGGUCAACCAUCGCAUGCUAACAAAAGACCUGAAGAACGACAUGUCCAUCACCUCCAUGUACAACAACCUAGGACUCUACAUCAACCACUACUCCAACGGGAUCGUCACGGUGAACUGUGCCAGGAUUAUCCAUGGUAACCAGGUGGCUACCAAUGGAGUGGUUCAUGUCAUCGACCGUGUCAUCACUGCCGUGGGCAACACCAUCCAGGAUGCCAUGGAAGUUGAUGAUGACCUCUCCUCCUUCAGCGCUGUAGCUUUGGCCUCAGGAGUGAUGGACAAGCUGGGCCAGCCAGGUCACUUCACCCUGUUCGCUCCCACCAAUGAGGCCUUCCAGAACCUUGAUGCCGGCUUCGUGGAACGCGUAAUGGGAGACAAGGCUGUCAUCGCAGCCCUGGUGAACUACCACCUGUUGAACAGUGUGCAGUGCUCUGAGGCCAUCAUGGCAGGCUCUGUGUACGAGACAGCAGAGGGAAGCGCCAUCGAGAUCAGCUGUGACGGAGACAGCCUGACGGUCAACGGUAUCAAGAUGGUCCUGAAGAAAGACAUUGUCACCACCAACGGAGUGAUCCACCUCAUCGACCAGGUCCUCAUACCUGACUCGGCCAAGGAGGUGAUGGAGCUAGUUGGUGAAUCCCAGAGCACCUUCAGAGACAUGGUGUCAGAGCUCGGCCUAUCAGCUGCCAUGAAGCCAGAGACAGAGUACACUCUAUUGGCUCCCCUCAACCCUGCUUUCUCUGAUGAGGUGAUGUCUUUAGACCAGAGUGUGCUGAAGGUGAUCUUGGAGAACCACAUUCUGAAGUUAAAACACAAGCUGAGUGAGCUCUACAAUGGACAGCUGCUGGAGACCAUCGCUGGAAAACGACUACGCGUCUUCAUCUAUCGUACUGCUGUGUGUAUAGAGAAUGCCUGCAUGGUGCGGGGCAGUAAAGAGGGCAGCAACGGAGCUCUUCACCUGAUGACGUCUCUCAUCAAACCAGCUCAGACCACCAUCUACGAGGUUCUCAUGGCUGACGGACGCUUCAACAUCUUCCUGUCCCUGAUGGAGAGCGCAGGUAUGACAGAGCUGUUGAAACAGGACGGGUCCUACACCGUGUUCGCACCAACAGACCAAGCCUUCGACGGGCUCACAGAACAGGACGUUACCCUGCUCACCAGCGACGUGAACGCCCUGCGGAACAUCCUCCUGUACCACUUCAGUAACGGAGUGUUCAUCAACGGCGGACUGGAGGGAGGGGUCACCAACCUGCUCAAGUCCAUGCAGGGAAGGAACCUGCAAGUGCUGUCUGUAAACAAGUCCAUCCAUGUGAACUCACUGCACGUGCCAGACAUCGAUCUGAUGGCCACCAACGGAGUGAUCCACGUAGUGAAGCACAUCCUAUACCCUUUGGACCUGCCUGUGGGUCGCGAGGAUCUGCUGGUGCUGCUGAAGAGACUCAUCAAGUACAUCCAGAUCAAGUAUGUCCCUGGAUUCUCCUACACCAACAUCCCCCUCACCUUCAUCAAGAGGACAUUCGCCAAGACAACUCACGUGGAAUCAGUGCCUGAAAUCACCAAGGUGACCAGAGUGAUCAAAGGAGAGCCGACCCUCACCAAGGUGACCAGAGUCAUUGAGGGCGAACCUACUAUCACCAAGGUUACAAGAGUCAUUGAGGGCGAACCCACUAUCACCAAGGUUACCAGGGUCAUCGAGGGCGAACCUACUAUCACCAAGGUUACAAGAGUCAUUGAGGGCGAACCCACUAUCACCAAGGUUACCAGGGUCAUCGAGGGCGAACCCGCUAUCACCAAGGUUACCAGAGUCGUUGAGAGCGAACCCACAAUCACCAAGGUUACCAGAGUCGUCGAGGGUAAGCCUACCUUAAACAAGGUGACGAGGGUAAUCGAGGGAGAACCAAGCAUUACCAAGGUUUCCAGGGUCAUCGAAGGAGUGCCUUCCAUCACAAAGGUCACCAGAGUUAUUGAGACUCACCGUGGUUCCUCAGAUGGAGGGCUGGAGACUGAAGGAGACAUCGAGUGGAUGCUGGAAGAAGGCCCGGAUUUCUCUAAGAUCACCACCAUCCACGGCAACCCGGAAAUGAAAGACCAAGAGUCAGAGAGGAUCACCAAACUAAUCCAAGGUGGAGGUAGUAUGGGGGCCCCGGCCAAAAGAGCUCCUGUUGGUGUAAGGAGGAGGAAGGCAAGGUUGGUAAGACGCCACAACAACAAAAAGUCACAUCCAGCCAAGACCAGUCCAUACCAGUCCAGCCCUGAUCAGUCCAGCCCUGACCAGUCCAGCCCAGUAAAGACCAGUCCAAACCAGUAAAGACCAGUCCAGACCAGCCAAGACAAGUCCAAGCCAGCCAAGACCAAUCCAGACCAGUACAAACCAGUAAAGAACAGUUCUGACCAGACUAGCCCUGCAAGAAUCUCCUUCCAGAUCACCAUGGAGACACUGCCAGGAGCUCACCAAGAUACACAGCAACACAAAAACACUUUCUAAGUUCCCUUGAUGGGAGAACAAGAGGAAGAACCCAUUGUGGAACAUCUAUAACAAUCAAGUAAGCACCCUGGGGAGCAAAAGUGGUUGAAAAUAUGUUGGAAAUACGUAUUUUUGGUUGAAAAGAUGUUAGAAAUACGUAUUUUCAACCAAGUUUGCUCACUGGGCUGUCAUCAAGGCUAAGGGUGGCUAUUUGAAGAAUCU